GUGUCCCUCCAGGUCAGCCCCGUGCCCUUCCCUGGAGCCGCCAGCCACCUGCAGAGCUGCCCUCUUCAUGGAAAGCCCCGUGCGGCGGUCCCCUGGUGAUGGCAUCCGACAGCGACGUGAAGAUGCUGCUGAACUUUGUGAAUCUGGCAUCCAGCGACAUCAAGGCGGCCCUGGACAAGUCUGCACCCUGCCGCCGCUCGGUGGACCACCGCAAGUACCUGCAGAAGCAGCUCAAGCGCUUCUCCCAGAAGUAUGCCCGGCUCCCGCGGGGCCUCCCCAGCAGAGGGGCCGAGCCUCACCUGAAAAGGGGGUCCGAGGACCGGCCUGGGAGGCUGCCCCUCGAUUCUGGCCACAGUUCCAGCCCCAGCGGGGGUGGGUGCUGCAAGGAGAAGGCGUUGGGGAACCCCUACAGGGAGGAAUGUCUCUCUAAGGAGCAGACCUUACACGGGCCGGAUCCAGAAGCUGCCAGGCCUGGCCAGGUGCCCAUGAGGAAAAGACAGCUACCCGCUUCCUUCUGGGAAGAGCCACGGCCCACCCAAAGCUACCCCGUGGGGUUGGAGGGGGGACUGGGCCCCAGGGAGGGACCUCCCUAUGACGGUAAGAAACACUGCAAGGGCUUGGAGCCCCUGGGGCCCGAGACAGCCCCAGUGCCUGCACCCCCAAGGGCACCCGCUGAAAAGGAGCCACUCAAGAUGCCUGGGGUCUCCCUGGUGGGCCGUGUCAAUGCCUGGAGCUGCUGCCCCUUCCAGUACCAUGGACAGCCCGUCUACCCAGGCCCUCCAGGGGCCUUGCCUCAGAGCCCGCUCCCCGGCCUGGGCCUCUGGCGGAAAAGCUCGGCUUCCCCCGGCGAGCUGGCCCACUUCUGCAAGGAUGUGGAAGGCCCCGGGCAGAAAGUGUACAGACCCGUGGUUCUGAAGCCUAUCCCCACCAAGCCGGCCAUGCCCCCGCCCAUCUUCAACGUCUUUGGCUACCUCUAG